GAGAGAGAGAGAAAGAUUGAUCUUUUAUCUCGCAAACAAUUUUCAAAGUGAAUUCGAAAUUCAAAAUAUACGAAUCGAGCGAGUAUCUCGGUAGCUUCGAUUCUCUUAUUUCAUGUCCGUUAUCGAAUAAUUGUCUCGUGAGUCGUGAUUCGGUCGUGAUAUUGUUGUCUCUUCGAUUUCUUCAAAACAACGCAAGGACACUCCAAAAAUGUUGUUCUUUGGAGUAUUGUCUGUUCUUUUCCUGACCGUUUCCGCAGAGUACUGCUACACCGACGUUGAAAGUGCUUGUGGCACCAAUCCCAAAAAUGGUGGAUUAAUAUCAAACUGUAAUGCUAAAUAUGGAGCUAUUGAUACUCUUCAGGCUGAUCUGCAGGCAUAUGCAAACGCUAAUAUCGAAACAAGUUUUGAAUUUCUUCUAAUGUCUACACAUUUUGGAAACUAUGAAGCUAAUCGAGAAGGAUUUAAGGGACUGUACCGCAAACUUUCAGAUAAAUCAUGGGAGGAAGCGAUAGAUUUGAUCAAAUACAUCGCACAGCGUGGUGGCAAGAUGGAUCUCAAUCAGCUUCCACGUUCCAAGAAACCUAUCAAGGAUAGCAAAGUACUGGAAUUGACCGAAUUGAAUAGUCUGGCUAAAGCACUCGACAGCCAGAAACAACUUGCCGACGAAGCGUUACGCAUUCACGCUCAAGCACAGCAUCAUACCAAACAGGAUGCGGCUAUCGGUCAUUAUAUCGAGGAACAUUUCAUGGAAUCGUUGUCCGAGCGUGUGAGACAGCUAGCAGGUUAUUCAAAUGACCUCAAGAAUAUGCUGGAAGAGCGCGAUGCUUCCGUUUCCGUAUUCCUGUUUGACGAGUAUCUUAAAAACGCUUUAUAAGAAGCUGCCUACAGUUGUAACUUAGAACACAUACAUAUAUUUCUGUUAAACAUAUUAUUAUCAUUAUUCUUGUGUCUAUCUAUCUCCAAUGUUAGAUCUUUUAUAUGUAAAAUAUAUAAAAAAAUGCAUAUGAAAAUUUAUUAUGUUUUGCGACAUAAUAUGUAUAUAUGUAUGCUGAAAUAAAUAUACACAUCCAACAUACAUAUCUACACAUA